UUUCAGUUUCUUUCAAUCAGAUCUGUGGUCAUCGGAUUAUCGGUCAUAGGUCCAUUCUACAGUAGAUAAUUGAGGGAUGGAUGAGAGAGUUCCCCGGAAGUUUCCUUGAUCAUGGACUUUCAUGUACUCAUGAUUAGUUCUCCCUUUCAGACUUCUGUAUACCAACCUGCCCCAGUGUGCUCCAAGGUUUUGGCCUAUUUGAGUCAGCAUGUAACUUGGCCCGUGUUCCCAUCGACAGGUAUGAGCCCAGUGCUCGGCGCUUCUUUCCAACUCGUAAUCCCACACCUGGUGAGAACACACAAGGACAGAUGGCGAGCACUUAAAAAUGACAAAACCAGGCAGAAACCACGAGUCAGUUCAUGCAAUAGAAUAAUGCAAAUCCUUGGUACAGUUCUUCAAACAAGGGAUGUUUUCUUGCUAUACAAUAUUUGACUACUAACCUGUACAGUACAUUUUGUUUUUACUGGAUAUCCCUUCUUAAUAUCUGAUCAUUUAUUCGAUUGGAAAGCUGUUGGAUUUGUGUUUUAAGGUUAUGAAGGUUGAAAAAAAUUGGGUGUAGAUUUUCAAGAAACAUGUUUUCACAUUGAGAAGAAUAGAACGCGAGAUUGACAGAUGAAUUGGUGCGGCGUCUGCAGUGAUGCGGUCACUGCACCGGUCUGUUGUGGUGAAGAAUUCUGGCUCAACUGUCGAUUUACAGGUUGGUCUACGUUCCUACCCUCACCUAUGGUCAUGAACUUUGAAUAAUGACCGAAUAAGGUCGCGAAAAAGGCCGCAGAAAUGAGUUUCCUCCGCAGGUUGUCUGGGGUCAGAGGUGAGGAGCUCGGUCAUCCGGGAGAGACUUCAGAGUAGAGCUGCUGCUCCUUCACGUCGAGAGGAGCCAGCUGAGAUUGCUGGAAAAUCUACUACCGAUGCCUCCUGGACGCCUCUCUAGGGAGGUGUUUCGGCCAUGUCCAGCUGGGAGGAGACCUCAAAGCAGACCCUGGACACGUUGGAGGGACUAUGUCUCACAGCUGGCCUAGGAACGCCUCGGUUUCCCCCCUGUAGAACUAGAGGACAGGGAAGUCUGGGCAUCUCUGCUUACACUGCUGCCCCUGUGCCCCGUAAUCGGAUAAGCGGCGGGAAAAUGAAUGGAUGGAUGUAUUUUCAUUGGGGAAAACAACGGACAAAAUGGUGUAUAAACCAAAUAUGUAAUGAGAGGAGUCUGAUUUAUCUAUUGCCCUCACAGUCGAAUCUUCGGACAUUGAAGCCCUCUCCUCUACGUGGAAGGGUGGCAAGUUGAAUUUUUGAGGCCAGGGGCGUCGCCAGACAGAUUUCACUGGGGCACGUGCCCCACUGUUGAUCUGCAGUGCCCCAGUAAAAAUGUCACCAAUAAAAAAAAACGCUUCAGAGUUUUAAGUCUACAUAACAUAGACAACAGCGCACAUACUACUUAGUAUGGUAAUUGAUUGCUACUGUAUUCACUCCACGUAACAAUGAGCACAUGGCUUAUUAAUAUGGUAAUUUAUUCACGUGUGGAUCGAGACUUCAGUUGAGAGAGAGAGACAGAGAGAGGGGGGGGGGGGGAUUCGAAUCACUGCUGAGGUAGGUAACGUUAGCCAACAACAAUUUGUUAAUUAUAUUAUUUUGAUUUUGAUUUGACUCAAACUGUAACUCCUAGAUGGAUAUCAGAAAGUUAUUGGCCCGGAGCAGAGAAGAAGCAGCAGGAAUGAGAGAUUGAAAUACUGCAGGUGAUGGGGAUACCAUCUAUUGUAAGAAGGCAGUCAUAUGGAACCAGGGUGGAUGUCACACGAGAGGACGAGGGGAGGUCCAUCAUUUUGCAAUGCAGUCCGCUGAAAAUGAGGGAAAGCACCACUCUACACAGCAACCAGCGACGUGGUCAAGGUCUAAGAUCAGGUGCUUGUCCCCCUCGCUGAUGGCUCUCUUUCCUCUGGUCCUGGCCGUCCACCACUGCUCAUCCAUUUCCCGGUACUGGUCCAGAAGGGACUCCAGGUGUGUGGAGUUGCUGAAGACAGUUUGGAGCCAACACAAGAACAAACUUGCAGCUCCAAACCAGCGUGGAGGAGGCUUCAUCUUGUUUUUUGCAGCAAAUGUAUUCUGGCCUGAGCUGUCAGGUGCAACUGCCACUAAAACAAAAGCACAAGUCACCAACAACUCAGGCGUGACCCCGGCGGGCCAGUGUGGAACCUGGGUGAAGGACCCCGACGGAGGGCGUUUUACGUCCCCCAACUACCCGGAGAAGUACCCGCCUGAGCGGGAGUGUGUGUACAUCAUAGAGGCCUCUCCCCGCCAGUGCAUCGACUUGUUCUUCGACGACAAGUAUUCCAUCGAGCCGUCCUGGGACUGCAAGUUUGACCACAUCGAGGUGCGCGACGGCCCCUUCGGCUUCUCCCCCAUCAUCGGACGCUACUGCGGCCAGGAGAGCCCCUCCUACGUGCGCUCCAGCGGGAGGUACCUCUACAUCAAGUUUGUGGCCGACGGCGAGCUGGAGGCCAUCGGCUUCUCCGCCCGAUACAACUUCACUCAAGAUCCUGAGUUCAAAGGCGUUGGAGAGCUGCCAGCGCUACCGUUCUGUGAGUUUGACCUGAGCGGCCCUGAAGGCUACGUGGAGUCCGCUCAGAUCAGCAGGGAGAAGCGAGCCCUGCAGACCGAGGCCGUGGACUGCAGGUGGCAUAUCCGCGCCCCCCCAAAAGCUAAGAUCUACAUGCGCUUCCUGGAGUACGAGAUGCACAACUCCAACGAGUGCAAGCGUAACUUUGUGGCCAUCUAUGACGGCAGCAGCUCGGUGGAGCACCUGAAGAACAAGUUCUGCUCCACCGUGGCCAACGAGGUGAUGCUCACCUCCUCCGUGGGCGUGGUGCGGCUCUGGGCCGACGAAGGGAGCAGGAAAAGCAAGUUCAAGAUCCUCUUCACGACCUUCCUUGACCCUCCGUGUGAAGGAGAUACUUUCUUUUGCCACAGCAACAUGUGCAUCAACCACACCUUGGUCUGCAACGGCAUCCAGAACUGUGUCUACCCCUGGGACGAGAACCACUGCAAAGAGAAGAGGAAGCCCAGCAUCCUGGACUCUCUGGACCACACCAACCUCACCAUCAUCGGGGUGACCUGCAGCCUGGUGGUGGUCCUGCUGGUCAUCUCUGUCAUCAUCCAAGUCAAACAGCCUCGCAAGAAGUACAUCAUCCGCAGAGAUGACUUUGACCCCGCCCUCCUCCACCCGGGUCUGGAGCCCCCCCACUACGAGCUGUGCACGUUGCGACACGUCCCGUCGGGCGACCUGACCGACGCCGCCGUGGCGGAGGAGUUCGACAAGUCCCACAAGCUGCGCCGCUCCUCCUCCAAGUGCAUCCGCGACCACCACUGCGGCUCCCAGCAGGGCGGCAGCGUGCACGGCAGCCGCAGCAGCCUCGGCCUGAGAGAGGCCGCCGUGGCGGACCCCGAGGGGGCCGCCGCGCACCUCAAUCAGCUGCCCCCGGGGAUGGCCGGCCAGCAGUCGCCGCGGCUCGCCCGCCACGCCACCCCGGCCGCUCACAGGAACAUCCUGGUGAUGAAGCACAGCUACUCCCAGGAUGGCGGCGAGGGCUACAGAGGCGAGGAUGACGAUCUGAUGAUGGAUGACGCUCCAACCACCAGCCGCCACCACAACUACCAUCUUCACGGCGUGGAGCACGCCGUCCAUCGUACUCUGUCCAACGACUUCUGACGUGUCACUACCUCCUUACACACUCUAAACUGAUAUGCAAAUUAUAUACAUAUAUAUAUUUAUCCCCCCCCCCCCUCUCAUUUGAGCAAACAAGCCGAUAUUAAAGUUUAGCUAUUGUAGAAUCAAUUUCAAAAAGGUUUUAACUACAACAACAAAAAUAGAUUAUCUUAUGCACUCCAAGCUCAAAACAAGCCAGUUAUUAAAAAGUAUUGUGAUAAUUUAGGAAUGUAGGCUCACACCACGCCUUUCUUUGUCUCGUCUUUAUUGCACAAGAUGUGCAAUUCAACCACACAACUCCAAUGUUUUUUUUAACUUAUUUUUUUAUGGAACCACAAACAUACACACAAACAUCAAGGAAAGAAAACAAAAGCUAAUACAGAUAGAUUAUUAAUACUAACAAAUAAAAAUACAACAAAAAAGGCAACCUAAAUCACUUUAAAUGUUUUAACAAGGUUAUCAAUUUAAGGGAUUUUGUACACCUAAUUAUUCUCCGAGAUUUGAUUGAUAAUUAUAACUCAUUAAGCCAAUUACAAAAUGUAGGCCUAACUUUCAUACAUCGACAUUUAUGCAGCCCUGUGAUGAGGUGGCGACUUGUCUAGGGUGUACACCGCCUUCCGCCCGAUUGUAGCUGAGAUGGGCACCAGCGCCCCCCUGCGACCCCAAAGGGAAUAAGUGGCAGAAUGGAUGGACGGAUGGACAUGUAUAUAGAAAAACAACUCCCGUCAAUACUUUUUUGUUAAUAUAUAUUUUAUAAACUUUUAUUUAAAAAUUACGACAUUUACAAACAGUUGAGAAAUAAUAAUCAAAAUAAGUACAAAAAGAGUACAAAACUGUCUCCAACGCCUAACUUCCUGUCAAAUAACGUCACGUCCUUAUCUUCCCCGGAAGUCCCGCCCCCCAGCCAAUGUGCCGUCCAUUUUAACGUCACAUAAUUCUGUUUUAAAAGCCGGCGUGUCUGGCUAAAUUAUACUUUUUUUAUGUAAUUGUUGAAAGUUCAUCGUGUCGAAAAAUGACAUCUUUAAUAACUCAAUUACAAGUCGUGUUUCUUCCCCAACUGGCAGGGCGGAAAUGUCUGCGAGGAGGCGGAACUUGUGUCAGGUCGGAAUGAUUUUGGUGGUGCACUCACAGGUCAAAACAAUCCAGUUAUUAAAAAGCGCGCGCCGUGCAUUCUAACAUCAUAUAAAUAUAUUUUAAAAGACGGCACGUCCGGCUAAAUUAUCCGUUAUUGUGUUUUAGAUGAAAGUCUAUCAUGUCGGAAAAUUACCUUUUUUUAAUAAAACCAAUACAAGUCGUGUUUCUUAAUGUCUGCGGAGGGCGAAACUUGUGUCGAGUCGGAAUGAUUUUGGUGAUGCACUCAAUGGUCAAAACAACCCAGUUAUUAAGACGCAUGCGCCGUGAAUUCUAACAUCAUAUAAUCAUGUUUUAAAAGUCUGCUAAAUUGUCUGUUUUUAUGUAUUAGUUGAAAGCCUAUCAUGUCGAAAAAUUAAAUUUUUAAUGAGUCGAUUACAAGUCGUGUUUCUUCCUCAACUGGCAGGGCGGAAAUGUCUGCGAGGGGGCGGAACUUGUGUCAAGUCGGAAUGUUUUUGGCAGUGCACGCAAAUGUAAAACAACCCGGUUAUUACAAAAUACGCGCCGUGCAUUUUAACAUCAUAUAAUUAUAUAAGUAUAUCAUGUCGAAAAAUGACUUUUUUUUAAUAAAGCUUUAUUUUUUAAAUUGCAACAUUUAAAAACAAUUAAGAAAUAAUAAUCAAAAUAAGUACAAAAAAGCGCCAGGGGGUUGUAAACUCAAUAAAGUAACGUAAUUACAAUGAAAUAUAUAUAUAUGUAACAAAUUGCAAAGCCAUAGGCUAAAAAAACACAUUUUUUAAUAAAUCGACUACUGGUCGUGUUGAGGGCGGAACAUUCUGCGAGGGGGCGGACCUUGUGUCAAGCCGGAAUGAUUUUGGCGGUGCACUCAAAGGUAAAAACA